GCCGCCCAGCUUUCAUGAGGACCCUCCGUUACAGCGGUCGCCCAGCUCCCCAUAACGCUAACGGAGAGCCCAGAAUUUUGUAAGAAAAAACAGUAAUUGUUUUUUUUUAUGAUAAUUUUUAGCUUGAUCAGCAUUAUAUUGGAUUGGGUCGGUGGAGAGGAAUUCUCUUUUAAAGGCCUAUGGGAACAGAGGUUCUAAACAUAUCUAUGGAUAAGCAAUCAGAAUCUACUACAUCAAAUGCAGCAGAUGGUACUAAUCAAGUCAAUAAUCUCAAUCCUGAAUCCUCUUCUGCUGAUGAUCCUAGUCAAGCUCGAAGAGAUCUUUGGGGUCCUAGACUUUUUCGAAAAUCUAGUGAACCAAAAGAAUUGAAAGAAUCAAAGGAAUUGAAAGAAUCAAAAGAACUGAAAGAAGCGAACGAGUUGCAAGAAUCAAAAGAAACAAAAGAAUCGGCAGAGUCAAAAGAACAAAAUGAAUUGGAAGAAUCAACAGAACCAAACGAAUCAAGAGAACCAAAAGAAUCAAAAGAACCAAAAGAAUUGAAAGAAUCAAAAGAACCAAAAGAAUUGAAAGAAUCAAAAGAACCACAAGAAUCAAAAAAAUCUGAAGAGUUGGAAGAAUCGAUAGAAUCAAAAAAAUCAAAAGGAGCGAGAGAAUCGGAAGAACCAAAAGAAUCACGAGAAUUGAAAGAACCAGAAGAAUUGAAAGAACCAGAAGAAUUGAAAGAACCAGAAGAAUCGAACGCGUCUGACAUGAAGAAAAACAGUGUCACCUCUCCAGUUGAAGAAUCAAAAGAAGUGACUGUCACCUCUCCAGUAGGAGCACUUAGCGUUCAUCAAGAAGCUCAGUCACCAAAGCAGGAUUUGAAACCUGAAAGUCAGAAGCCAACCAAUCAUGAAGAUUCAGUUUCUCCCACUAAAGCUUCACCAAUACCUUCUAAUGUUCGAACCAUAAAGACGCGUCACACUGCUUGUGCCAAGUCUGCUUUGGGUGGAAACCGGUCUUCAACUAAUUGUGCCGUAAAUAGAAACAAAUCUACUAAGAUAACAGCUAGUCAGUCAACUGACAAUCCAAGGAAAUCUAAGUCAUUACAGGGGAGCCCAGACCACAAAAUGAAGAAGCCUUUGCAAUUUGACGGUGCAACAAACACAGAGGAGGAGGAUGCUUGCUCUCCUUCUUCAACCGCAACAUCUGGAAAAUCUCCCAAAGCUCGGACGACGGUAGCAAUUGCCCCUGUUUUUAGAUGCAGUGAGCGUGCAGAGAAGCGGAAGGAGUUCUAUGCUAAGCUAGAACAGAAGCAACAAGCACUGGAGGAAGAGAAAAUGCAAUCUGAAGCUAGGAGUAAGGAAGAAAUGGAGGCUGCUCUGAAACAAUUUCGAAAGAGUUUGGUUGUCAAAGCAAACCCAAUGCCAAGCUUUUACCAACAGGGGCCUCCUCCUAAGGUUGAACUCAAGAAGAUACCUCCAACACGUGCAAAAUCCCCCAAGCUUGGUCGAAGGAAGAGCUUGAAUGAUGCAACCACACGAGAUGACACUGACGACACAUGUUCUCGAUUGAGUCGUCGUAGCCUUGCUGGCAGCAAAGAAGAUGGCAAAAAGGCAGAAAUUGGUCCGAAGAUUGGUAACGGAGCUUCCGAAGACAAACAAGGGCUUAAACCUCUGAAGAAAAGUUCUACUAAGGUCACUGAAAAUAAAUCUACUGAUACUUCCAUGACGUCUUGACUUGCUGAUACUUGACUGAAAAUAAAAAACUGUGAGAGCUUUUUCCCAAGUGUGACAGGUUGUAACCAGGGCUUUUGUGAUGUAGUGAAGUUAUGCAAGUUAUAUGGAAAUUUGUAUAAAAUUGUACUUGACAACUGAA